UUGUUCCCGUUCCUAUGCAGGUGAAAAGCAGGAAGUGGUAGAGGUAAUAAAAUCAAACCUGAGGAAGCACUGGUCACGCGAAAAUGUAAAAUACUAUUCGAGUAAACAUUUUCAACUUGACAAAAUGUUUGACGCUGUUCGUUACGAAAAGCUACCAAGUGAUAUUACAGAAGAAACUAAAUGGGGCAAACAAGAAAGUGACGGAGAGGAGGAAGGGGGCGAGGCAGUAGUCCACCUGCUUUCAGUGCCUGGCCGUCAGAGGGGAAGCUGUCGGGGAAAGCGAGAGACGUGUCUGCGCAUAACAGCCACACUCGUCCUCCUGGCCGUUGUGUUGGGCUUUGUCCUCUGCGAGUGGUCUGGCUGUGGAGCGGAGGAGCAGGGGAGUGGGGAGACCCAGACGACACACGCUGACAAGGGCAGCGAAGGACACAGACACCAUCACCACCACCACCACGGAGAUGAUGAUGAUGACAAUGAUGAUGAUGAUGAUGAUGAUGACCAUGACCAUGACCAUGAAGAACACAGUGACCACCACAGUCACACUGGUUCUCUUUUCCACCAUGCUGCCAUCAUCACCAGCUCUGCUACUUGUUCUAGGGCCGGGAGGAAACUUCUCCAGAAUGGAGGGAACAUAGUUGAUGCAGGCAUUGCAGCGCUCCUUUGUCUGGGAGUAGUCCACCCCCAUUCAGCCGGCAUAGGUGGCACCUUUUCAGCUAUUUUUUACAACCAUACGACUAAAUCUCUGAAGGCAAUUCAACCCUCAUCCCCAAAGAACAAUAUAACCACGUAUGGCAUUCCUGCCAUUUUGCCAGGAAUCAAAUAUUUCCAUGCCCAGUAUGGGAAUUUGGAGUGGGCCAGGCUAUUUGAGGAUGCCAUAAGGCUGGGCAGGGAUGGAUUCCAAAUUGACCAUAUUCUCGCCUCGGCUCUGCUGACUAAUGAGAGCCGGAUUGUCCAAUCAAAGCUGUGCAUUCUGUUCUGCGAUGAGAGUGGCCGUGUGAAAUCUGCGGGCUCGAAUGUCACCAACCGAAAUCUAUCAGAGCUCUUGCGCAGUGUCAGCCUGAAUGACUCUUAUUUCCCGGAAAUGCUGGCCAUGAAAUUGGCCAGGGACCUCUCCCCGGCAGAAAGGCCAGAUUUUGUCCGAGACGUUCUGCGCGUCACAGGAGAAAUCAAUGGCCCCCUUAUCGCCAAAGAAGAAAAAUACACCCUCCUCGCCAGCUCUCCUCCUUUCUCAGGUUCUGUCCUAUCAGAUGCAUUAGAGCGAGCCACCGAGCUGAUCCACUCUCUGCACAAUCGCACAGAUCUUAACAGCUCUGUCCCUUCCCUGAUCAGUCUGCUCAAGUUAGCUAAGGAGAUAUAUAACACUAGUCAGGCAGAGGAGAAUGGGAGUCCAGCAGAGAGGCUUGCUUUGAGCGUAGCCAGCUCUCAGAUUGGGGUUCUGCACAGCCAAGGUCAUUUUCUGAUUAUUUCGGCAUCACUCAACAGCCCCUGGGGGUCUGGGCGUUACUUGCCGUCUGGCGGCUUCAUUCUGAGUGAUUUUGUUUCCAAAAUGGGCGCUGGUGUCCCACUGUUGAACUUCCCUUUGAUUAUAAAGAUUAAAAACAUGGAUGAUGACAGCGACGAUGAUGAUGAUGUACAGAUCAUUGCUGUUACCGGGGGACUCUCGGCUCUGCUGAAUGCUGGUCAGAUCUUAAACAGGUUGGACCGUGGCAUAUCUUCUCAAGAAGCAGUGCAGGAUCCACUCUUGCAUUUUGCCCAGGGAAGCACUGAAGGAUCUGUGACUGUGUGUGUGUCCUCCAUGUCAAAUGGCACAGACACAGUCUCCAUCCUGUCGCAUGAGGAAGAUGGCGGUGGGCAGCCGACGGACAGAUGCACUGAUGAGGACUCCACCGCCAUGCUGCUGCAGCUGCACGCAGAGCACGUGAGAGCGUACGGAGCCCCCGCAGUCAAAACGCACACCGACGGGUUCUAAUGGCAAACAUUAUCAAUGCAAAUAAUCAGACUCACGUGCACACCCACAACAAAUACACACACAUACAGUACUCUCUCUCUCUCACACACAUACACACACACACACACACAUGCGAACACACACAAACACACACAACCU